CCACGUCAGCAGGCCACGUCAGCAGCAAGGGAUACCUCAUCACCAGGCCCCGGCCGGUCUAUGCUGUUGAGAUCUCAAACACCAGUCAUGGACCAGAGGCCCGGAGAAGCGGACGAGGCCUAUCAGGCCCGCAUGCUGGCCUGGAGUACCGAGACUAAGAAACGAGCAGAUGGCGCUGCAGCAGCAGCGAAGAAGAAGGCAGAAGAUGCCGAACAGGCACGUCUGCUGGCACUUGAACAACGGCGCCAGCAUGACGAGGCAACAACAAGGGCUGCCGAUGAAGAAAGAACACAGCGUCAUGAGAAAAUAUUUAUCGGAGAGCGGGCAUUACUUACCAUGGCAGCAGAAUGGCGAACCGAGGCCGAGAAUAACCAGUUGGAGGAUAGCGCAAACAAGGUAGCGCUCCUCCUCUCGCAUCUCACGGAUCUCCUGGCAACCUGCAUUACACAGCAGGCAGAGAUCCUUGGUCUCGACAGAUCUCUAGCUCACCUCCAAGACCGUUUUCAGCGGUUGGAGCAGCGACCAGUCGCCGCCGCCGACGCAGGCUCUUCCAAUACUGCCGACCGCCUCAAUGCAUUGGAGAUGCACGUCGGCUCCCUCCAGGACGGCGCACAGUUACAGCAGACCGUGACGCAACAGUUGCAGCAGUGGAUCUGCACUACCGCCACCACCUCGAGUCCGGAGCCGCGCGAGACAGCUCCAAAGUUUGACAGGCAGGAGAUCUUCUGCGAUUCAAUCAAGACAGAUCCAAUUUCAUGGUUUCGCAAGUUCGAGCUCACACUGCAGCUCCACAACGUCAAGGAACUCAAGCACCACACAUACUUGUACUCUCGCUCAGGGGGCUCGUGCCAGGCUUGGUUGGACAACCUGUUGUCCAAAUACGGAGUGGUAGCUAACGACUUGCACACCAAGAUCACUUGGGAUGAUCUGAAGGCGGCGUGGCACAAGCGGUUCCAGGUGGAGCCGCCAAAGAUCAAAGCCAUGGACAAGCUCAUGGUCUUCGAGCAAGGCACGCUGCCGAGUAUGGACUGGAUCGCCGAGUACCAACGCUUGACGUCAGUCCCAGACAUCCAGAUGGGCUUCAAGGCCAUCUGCCACUACUUCAUCUCAAGGUCAUGUCCGACAUUGAGCAAUGCCCUGAUGCAUGUCGAGUACACCUUGACGACGACGGCGGAAUUAUUCGACAAGGCUGCGCAGAUCAUCAUCACGAACAAGGAGGCCAAGAACCUCCGUUCAUCUGUGUCAGGCCCGAGCAGGGACCAGCGUCGGCCAAGAGUGGCCGUGGUCGCAGCGGCAGCGCCGUUAGACCAAACCAGCGAGGUUGUAUCUGUCAGUGAAGGGGACAGAUUCGCAGCCGCCCGGGAAGGCUGUUUACUGAGACCGCAAUGCGCAGCACUUAGUGCUAAUCUUCACACUUACCUAUCCUUCUAUGCACCACCAACUUCGCCGACGGAUGACGAAGUCGCGGUGGGGGACAUCCUGGCGUAUAUUACCAAGGUGGCCCGCGAGUUUCGCACGCAGCGGUACGAUGACAACAACGCACCGCUCAUGUAUGUCCGCAUUCARGUUGGGCAAGCGUSCUGCAGCGCUUUGCUGGAUAGCGGCGCGUCUCGCAACUUCAUGAGCCAGUCUUUUAUGCAAAGGGCUGGCCUUGGCGCACAAGUUCGGAGGAAGGCAAACCCGACGGCGAUCAAGUUGGCGGAUGGUAAGACGCAACAACUUCUCGACCGUUACAUCGAGGCCGUACCGGUCUACUUCGCACCUCAUGCAUGCGAACCGGUGACAUUCGAUAUUCUCGACACGGACUUCGACAUCAUUUUGGGAAUGCCUUGGCUUGCAAGUGCGGAUCACACGGUCAACUUCCAUCGGCGGACUCUUAGCGUUCGCGACGCCUUCGACACGGAAGUGGCGUGUACUAUUCCUCUACCGCACACUUCAAUCCGGUGCCAAGUAGUGACGGCCAAAUCAUUCCGGGCGACUUGCGCUUACGAGCAGCCCGAGGAGAUCGGCCUAUAUUUCCUACGGACCGUCGUGGUAGCCGACUCUUCACCCACGGACUUGUCUUCGGACCCCCGUGUGGUACGGUUGCUGGACGAGUUUGCCGACAUCUUCGAGUCACCUACCGGUGUGGUGCCGGGUCGGCCGAUCUCUCAUGAGAUCAUUCUUGAGGUCGGUGCCGUGCCGCUGAAAGGUUGCAUCUAUCGGAUGAGCGAGGAGGAGCUUGAGGUCCUCCGCGCACAACUCGAUGAUUUGUUGGCCAAGGGCUGGAUCCGCCCGAGUAGCUCCCCAUAUGGAUCACCAGUUCUCUUCGUCAGGAAGAAGAACAAGGAUCUACGAUUGUGAUAUCAUCAAAUCUCCAUCCAGCCGAACGAUCGCUACAAGACCGUGUUCAAGACGUGGUACGGGCAUUUUGAGUGGGUGGUCAUGCCUUUUGGCCUCACCAACGCCCCGGCGACCUUUCAGGCGACGAUGACCAAUGAGUUUCGUGCAAUGUUGGACCGGUUCGUGCUGGUUUACUUAGACGAUAUUCUCGUCUAUAGCUGGUCAUUGGAGGAUCAUCUGGGGCAUCUUCGACAAGUGUUGGAGACGCUCCGCCGCGCCAAGUACAAGGCCAACCGUGACAAGUGUGAAUUUGUCCGGCAAGAGCUGAAAUACUUGGGCCAUUUUGUCACACCGGAGGGCAUCAGUCCGCUAUCGGACAAGAUUCAGGCCGUCCAAGAGUGGCCGGAGCCUCGGAACGUCACAGAUGUCCGCUUGUUCCUCGGUCUUAUCGGCUACUAUCAGCGCUUUAUCAAAGGCUACUCAAAGAUCGCGGCCCACUUGAACAAGCUUCAGUACGAGGAUCGGCCGUUUGACUUCGGAGAGGAGGCGCGCGGAUCAUUCUUCGCUCUCAAAGCCGCGCUAUUGUCUGCGGAGGUCUUGCGGAUAUACGACCCGCUUGCGCCUACGCACGUCACUACGAAUGCGUCAGGCUAUGGCAUUGGUGCAGUCCUCGAGCAACAUGAUGGUGUGGUCUGGCACCCGGUCGAGUACUUCAGCAAGAAAGAGCCCCUCGUGCAUUCCAUUGACGAUGCACGUAAGAAGGAGCUCCUCGCCUUCGUCCACGCACUCAAGCGGUGGCGGCACUUCCUCCUUGGUCGAAGCCAAUUUCGAUGGGUAAUGUACAACAAUCCGUUGCUCUUCUACAAGACCCAAGACACCAUCAACAGCACCAUCGCUCGAUGGAUGACUUUCAUCGACCAGUUCGACUUCUUUCCCGAUCACAUUCCCGGGAAGUCGAACCGUUUUGCGGAUGCUCUCUCACGGUGUCCGGAUCAUUGUACCGCAGUCUACUCGACCUUCGAGAUUGACGACGACCUGCGGAACAGCUUCAUCCGCGGCUACCAAGCCGACCCCGAGUUUCGCGACAAGUACGCGAAUUGCUCCUCUCCUAAUCGGCUCCUUCUCACUACCGGAUCCAAGAGGGGUACUUGCUUGUCCACACGCGGGGGAAGGACCUUCUUUGCGUACCGAGUGAUCCUCACUUGCGUACACGGCUUCUUGGCGAGUUCCACGACGCUCCCGCCACUAGACAUUUCGGAGUCAAUCGCACGAUUGGCCGACUUCGCCAGCGAUUUUGGUGGCCCGACCUUCUCGGCGAUGUCACGCGCUAUUGCGAGUCAUGCGAGGGAAGCGAUUGCCAUGGACAUUACCGGCCCGUUCCCCAAGCACAAGACGGGAGUGGAUGGGAUUCUCACGGUGGUCGACCGACUCACCAAGUUCGCCAUGUUUUUGCCUUGUCGCUAUCAUGCCAAGGCAACGGAGUUGGCCGAGGUUCUUUACGCCGAUUGGAUUCGCACCAAGGGUUACCCCAAGGAGAUCGUCUGCGACCGCGACAUUCGGUUCAUGUCCGAUUUUUGGUUUGAGCUCAUCAAGCGAUGGGGCUCAUCUCUCAAGCCCAGUUCAGCUCGCCACCCUCAGACCGAUGGCCAGACGGAAAGGGCGCAUCAAACCGCACAGGUUCUCCUUCGCACGCUCAUCCGCCCCGACCAGAAAGACUGAGUUGAGCGACUGCCGGACAUCGAGUUGGCCUACAACUCUCAUAUCCACCCGGCUAUUGGGAUAUCACCCUUCGAGU